AUGAUGAAUAUAAAUUCCUCAAACUUCAAUCGCGGGUUAAUUAUAAACGCACAUAUAGACAUUGAAGAUUUGAAUGGAGAUCCGAAAUCUUUUGACAAUGAAGAUGUGAGUAAGGAUUCGAAAUCCUUUGUCAAUGAAGAUAUGACUGAAGGUUUGAAAUCGUUUGAUGAUAAAAAAAUAAAUAAAAAUAAGGAAUCUUUUAAUCAAAAACAUAUUAUUGAGAGUGCUUCACCAAAACACUUUUCUCUAUCUUCAUCAUAUGCAGAAGUUUCAACAAAUAAAUGUAGUAAUCUAUAUAAACGUAUAGAAGAAGACAGAAUAGAUUUACAUAAAUCAUAUAUAAACUAUAGGAAAUUAGAUAAAAAUAAGUCAUUAAACACAAAGAUGCGAAUUAUCUUACUAUUUGCAUUAAUACUCACAAUUUUUGGAACCUUUUCAUCUGCGAUUCCAGUCGAAAGGGGAGAUGAUGAAUUCGAUGGCUGUGCUAGAAUUGUUAAAAACUAUAUAAAUGACUUAAAAGAAAACAAAACCAACAUAGUCAUAAAGUAUAAAGACGUCAAAGAUUGUUAUUUGAGUUUUCCUUUUGAUCUUAAACGAGCCACUCAGUCUGAUGUCAAUCAAUUGAUUGUUGAUCUUAAAGAUGCUCAUACUAGUUUUUUACCUACUUGCUAUAGUGCAUUUAAUUUUAAACAAAGCAUCCUACUUUAUUCAUCUGUCAACUCUAAUGGAUAUCAGGCUAUUAAAGUAUUUUAUGACAGUCAAGAUCGCUCAAAUGUUGGAUGUGAAGUCACACAUAUUGAUGAGUAUCCUGCUUUGGAUGUAAUUACUGAAUUUGCCAAAAAAUAUAUUAAAAACUCCCGUGAUCUUGGUGUAAGAUUUAAUAUGGCAUUAGCUUCACUUAAGCUCAAUUAUACCAAUUACGCUGUUAUUAAUGGUAGUUUUGCAUUACGCACGAAUUUACCAGAAAAAGAAAGUGUUAUCUAUAAUCUUAAAUGUUCUAAAGCCACAAAAAAGCUUGAAAGGCCUUGGAUAAUAACUUUUAAUAGUGAUCUCAAUGUGACUUUUACUAAUUUUACUGAUUCAAAAAGUUAUUAUAGUAAUGUCUGUCUCAUGAAAAAUGUUUCUCAAUCAACAGUUCCUAAAAAAGCUUAUAUUUUAAACUUACCUAUUGAACAUUUAGAACAAGUUGAGAUUAAGUUAUCACUUAAUGAUGUAAAUAUUUCGUAUAUUGGUGAUUUUGCUGCUGUUUAUAAAAUUGGUGAACUUGGUGUGUUUGUGAUACCUAGUUUUGAACCUAAUAGCAAUGAUACUGAUAUAAUACUGGGGCUUACUGCUAAAUUUGAUUCAUUCGCCAAGUCUGGAAUUGUCUUAGACUUUACUAAUAAUGAUGGUGGAUACGUAGUACUUUCACAAUAUGUUAAUAAUCUCUUCUUCCCACAAAAGAGGGCUGCAUUUCCACGUGAUAUUAAAAUUAAUAAUAUUAUGACAUUCUUUAUUAAACAAGCCGAGAAAUUAAACCUUUCCAUAGCAGAUAUUACUCCUGUAAAUACUUUAUCGUACUCUACUUAUAAACCAUUUAAUACUUCUGAUGAAUAUAUUGGCAACAAUCAAUUUACAAGAGGUGGUGUAACUACAAACUAUUCUAAUUUAUUUAAUGAAAUAUAUGAAAAUUCAACCCUUUUGGAUUUUUUAUCAACUUGGAAGUUUCCAUGGUCGAAUAAAGAUGUUAUUAUACUUACUAAUGGUGCUUGUGGAUCAUCUUGUGCUCAGACAACUCAAUAUCUGGCAGAGCAAGCUAAAUUUUCUACUGUUUCUGUUGGAGGGUUAUUUAAUCGUAACAUGUCUUAUAGUUCAUUUCCUGGUGGAAGUGUUAUUGCUGUUAAAGAUUUCUAUAAUGAUUUAGCUCCUAUCUUAACAAAUACUUCAAUUAAUCUCCCUGAAAUUCCUAAAAAUUUUGCCACUGAGAUUUCAAUGAAGUCUCUUAGUUUCUCAUUUAGUGAAUCUUAUAGUAUAGCUUUUCCGAACAAUUUAACUGAAUUUAUGUAUAGACCUGCUACUUAUAGAUUAUACUAUGAUGAGAAAAGCAUUUUUGAUCCUAGCUUAUUAUGGCUUCAGGCUCUUUCAGCUCUGAUAACUCUCGAAUCACGAUUCGGUUAG